GAAUUCCGAGUCGAAGCUUGUUUGGGUUUGUUGAUAUGGCCAUUCCGAAUAGGGAUAAUCAGUUCUUAUUCUGUUUGAAGGAUUCAACAAAUUUCAAUAUUAAUGAACCAGUUAUUAGGAAAACUAAUGCACCUAUUAUAAUUGAAAAACGUAUACCAAAAGCGACUUCUGAUACUUCCCAUUUUAAAGUUGUUAGAGAAGAUCUUUUGGAAAAAUGUCAUUUUUUAGCAAAGUGCGAUUUAAAAAAGGAAAUGGAAAGAAAAUCUUUGAGUCCGAAAAAGAAUAAACAAAAUUCGAAAACUGACAAGUAUCGAAAGGUCAGAUUUUGUUCUCGUUAUGGAAAAGAAAGAGAAGAAAACGAACCCCCAAAACCUGUACCAAACGUUCACAAGUCUUUAAGGCAAGAAAAGUGGAAUUCUCAGAAUUUGGUAUCAAGUGAAGUUAAAAUAAGAACACUCAGGGCUGAUGGAAAAUGCGUAAGAGAAAAUUUGGAAGAAGUUUUAGUACGUAUGGAUGAUAUCAUACGAUUGAUAAAGAGAGGAUUUAAUGCGGGAAGAGAUCAGAAAAAGAAAAUGACAGAAUCAGAAUUUUUAACAAAUUGUAAUAAAGCUAAUUUAGCAAUGAGACAUUGCCAAAGAAAAUGCUAUACUAUUCAAGAUGAUCUGAAAUCUCUUACUAGUAAACUUAAUAAGAAUAACAUUUCUCAAUACACACGACUGAUUCGAUGCAUGAAUGAAAUACUUAACGUAGCGAAAACACUUUGGACUGUACUCCCAUUUGUUAAAGUGGAAAACUAUUUAUUACCAUCACCUUAUGAAAGUAUUUUUACAAUUCGGAAUGAACUGGAUGUCAUUUGCCCUGAAUAUGAUAUAGAAUGUCCUCCAAAGGUUGUAAGAUCUCAGGAAGUUGAAGAAAAAGUUUGUGAAAAGAAGGUCAAAUCCAUCACAUCCACACAGGCAAUUGCAAAACUCUCCUCCGCAGACAUUGAUAAAAGAUUUAUUGAUCUGAUAGAAGCAUAUAAAGAACUUGAUACUGCUCCAGUAAAACAAGCUAAAAAGAAGAAAGUUGUCAAACAAACCUUAUCGGGUAGGGGAUUUCGAAAACCAACAAUAGUUUCAGUUAUGAAACAAACUGAUGAAAAAAGUAAACCUCAGAAGUCUGUCCUUCAUUCUCAUCCAAAAUCUAUUACAACUAAGCCUAAUAAGGUUGCUGCGGUUGAGGUUGAUACAGCUAGCUUGUGUUCUAAUUCGAUGAUUAGCAUAAAUCAAUCAACGAUGUCCUUGGACUCUGUUGUUGCUGAUGACUUUCAAAAGAAAUUGGCCCUUUUUCAAGAAGAAAGGGAUGAAAUCGAGCAACGAUUAAUUAAACACAAAGCUUACAACUCGGAAAGAGUAUCAUUGGAAAGAAAAGAAGAAAAAGAGAUUGAAGAAUAUAUCCCAAAGCAAUUCCUGUCAAAGAACCCUGAACCUCAACCUUUUGGCCCAUUCUUCGAGGGUGAAUUAAUUACUCUUGCUCCAAAACCGAAACCUUCUCCUAGAAAAAUUAAUGCGCCAACGAAACCUCUAAAAAAGAUAAAAAUUAGUUUAACGACUACGGCCUCUUCUGCUAUUAUGAAGCAAGCCUCUGAACGAAGAGAAAGUAACAAAUUUGAUCCAAACAAAAUUGUUGACAGUUUAUGCGAGGACAUUUUAGACGAUUGUCUAAACGAGGUUGCAAAUGAUAUAUUUGAGCUGACGGACGAAGUUGUUGAGCAUAUAGUGGCUUGUGAAUUAUGUCCAGAUGAAGUUAACCAAAGUGUACUAAACAUAGGUUAA